AUGUCCGCUUUCAAUACAAACAAUAAAGAUGAACAGCAGUCUAUUGCAUCCGCACCUCGUAAUAACUCGAUUGUGCUGAUUGGAUUAUGCUGCAUUGGCGUUAUACUUUUCUUCAUUGCAGCGACUAUUGUCUUAUCACUUAUUCCACUCUAUCUAAGUGCAAAGGCCAUUUCGGAUAAUACAGAGACUGUUUCAUUUAAUGUAACGUAUAGAAUCAAUAAUGGAACAUUACCAUUAGGGACACUUUCAACCGAUAAUUGCAAUGCCAUUCUCACUGACUUAAAUACACAAACUAAAACAAAUCAAGCUGUUUCACGGUUAACUCCAUCUAUCAGUUCGUGCACUGUUACAGGCAGUACAACUGUUCCUACAAAUCUUGUUAGACGUCGUCGACAAACUACGAGUGAAGGCAAUGUGAUUACAUACAUUUGUUCUUUGAAAGGUGGUGGCAAUUGUCGUCGUGGUAGUUGUUUAGGAGAACGAGCACAGAUAUUAAUAGCAUCGUUGCUUCAAAGAGGAAUAUUCUAUAUAACAUUCACUGGUUCUAAUGGAACUCGUUUUCUCUUUUCAAUUUCGGCAAUUUCAAGUAAUUAUAGUUCAUCAAGUGACGCAUCAGUGAAUGAUAUAACUGCAUUAAAUUAUGUACUUUAUCUAACAAGAUUACAAUCCAAUUUAUACGAACGUUUUCAAAGUCAAUUCAAUGAAACUGCUUUUAUUUCAGCUGGUUAUGCAGCACAAGCGUAUACUUACUUAAAUUUGAUUUUGUCACAUCAACGUGCUCAUAUUAACACACUCGUUAAUUCAAUUAUCGCUCUUGCCGGUAGUGCAAUACCAGCAUGUACGUAUAAUUUUAAUUCAAUAACAAGUGUAACCGGAUAUCUGAGUGCUGCUCAACAACUUGGACAAGUUGGAGCCAAUGCUUAUGUCGGUGUUAUAUCUGGUCUUACUGAUCCAUCAUUAAUUGAACUGUUUGGCCAACUUGGAGACAUUGAAGCUCGUCAUACUGUCUAUUUAUCUCAACUUGUCACGAAUUCAUCCAUUGGUACGUUUCCUGAAAAUUUUACAAAAAACGCUUCGGUAGCUGAAACUUAUUCAGCCACCAAUAGUUACAUAAGUUCAUGUUCAUUCACACUACCACAACCAUUAACAAUUCUACCAGGUGCUUUUACAUUCAAUGGUACUAUUCCUGCCAUUAGUUCAACUAUUACCAAUUAUAGUCGACCAAUGUAUGACAAUGAUAAUCGUGUACUUCAACUAGCACUUAAUACAGAACAAAUGGGUGUUGCUUUGUAUCAAACAUUUAUAAACACACUGACCAAUACGAUCUAUAGCAAUAUGUUAACAUAUUUUCAACUUAUCUAUCAACAUGAAUUAGCUCAUGUUGCUUUUCUUCGACAAACUCUUCAAAAUCGAGGAGCUGCACCUGUUGCAACAUGUAAUUACACAUUCACACCUAAUAUAACUGAUGCAGCUAGUUUCAUUGCAUAUGCGAGCAUUUUUGAAAAUUUGGAGACCGCACUUUAUGCUUACACUGCUAAUGCUGUUGCAGAUCCACUUGUAUUAACACCUCUAGCUGGUAUAUUUACAGUUGAAGCCAAACAUGCUGGAUUUUUAAAUAAUCUUAAUGGUAUUAGUCCAUUCCCAGAUAUUCUCAAUCCAACUAUGAAUUCAACACAAGUUCUAUCAAUACUUGCUCCAAAUCAAAUAUGCGGAUAUAAACUCGCUGAACCUGUUGUUUCUUAUUUACUCGUUAUAAAUGCUACGUCACUUCCAAACAAAAAGAAAUAA